UUGGUUCUCUUCGAGUCUUCUUUAGGAUUCUGUCUUUUCAAAGUAGCCGAUGACGGUAAAUUAUUAAGCGAUGACAAGCUUUACAAAAAAUUCGAAACUCCGGCUAGUGCCUCUAACCUUGUCAAGUUACAGAGCAUUCAUCGGUUCAAAAGUACAGCUGAUGCCGUUGAAGAUAUGAGCGCUAUUGGUGAAGGUAAAAUUUCAAAAAAUUUGAAGAAAUUCUUGACAGAUGAAAUUUCUCAAAGCAAGAACAGUCAAGAAACACUAGCAGUUGUGGAUCCUAAACUAGGUGGAGCUAUCACGAAGAAACUCGGAUUUAAUGUGAUUUCAGAUUCAACUACUACGGACCUUUUUCGAGGAAUUCGUUCACAAUUGGCUGGACUUCUUGGUGAAUAUAAUGUAGAAGAAAGUGACUUAAAUACUAUGAACUUGGGUCUCAGUCAUUCUUUGAGUCGAUUCAAAUUGAAGUAUUCCACCGACAAAGUAGACACGAUGAUUGUUCAGGCCAUUGCUCUGUUAGAUGAUCUAGACAAAGAGGUCAACAUUUACGCUAUGCGGGUUAAGGAAUGGUAUGGAUGGCAUUUCCCUGAGAUGGCCAAGAUCAUCACGGACAAUCUUGCUUAUGCAAAGAUUGUUAAAGUCAUGGGUGUUAGGACAGAUCACGAUAAAACCGACUUUUCUGAAAUUCUUCCAGAAGAGCUCGAAGGCACACUAAAAGCAGCCGCAGCAAUUUCAAUGGGAACAGAAAUUUCCGAUACCGAUCUUUUACAUAUCCAAUCAUUAGCUUCUCAAGUGAUUUCGCUUAUGCAAUAUCGUACCGAACUUUUUGAAUAUUUAAGAAACCGAAUGACAGCUAUUGCACCUAAUCUUACAGCUAUCUUAGGCGAAUUGGUUGGUGCUAGAUUGAUUGCUCAUAGCGGUAGUCUUAUCAAUCUUGCCAAGGCUCCUGCUUCUACGAUUCAAAUCUUAGGAGCUGAAAAAGCUUUGUUUAGAGCUUUGAAGACUAAGCAUGAUACACCUAAAUAUGGUUUAAUCUUUCAUUCGAGCUUAGUAGGCAGUGCUCCUGGAAAACUCAAAGGAAAGAUGGCUCGUAUGACUGCCGCCAAAGCUGCACUUUCAAUUCGACAUGACGCUCUAGCAGAUUCAGAUACCAAAUCAACAGAAGACGCCGCAUUAAUUGGUAUCGAAGCCCGAAUCAAAUUAGAAUCAAGAUUAAGAAGACUAGAACAAUCGAUCGGAAUUCAAUCUGUACGAAAAUCAUCACAAUCAUAUCAACAACUACCUGCUUUGAGAAUGCCAAACGCUGGUAGUUAUAACCCUGCAGCAGAUGAUAUUAUGAUUCCUGCUGCUAAUAAUGAUACAACAAAAGAUGACGAUGAACUUGUACCUCAAAGAAGUAAGAAGGAUAAGAAGAAAAAACCUUUGAUUGAAGAAAUCGAUAGCAAAGAAGAGAUUGCAGAUGAAGCUAAAAAAGCAGCCAAGAAAGCCAAAAGUUCAAAUGAAGAAUUACCAGCAUCUGAAGCUAAAAGUAAAAAGAGAAAAAAUGAAUCAGAAGAUGUAGAGAUGACAAUAACAGAUGAAGUACCUAAAAGUGAAAAGAAAUCAAAGAAA